UGAAAUUUGCCUACCCCAGUUUUACUCUCACCGCCUUUUAACUCAUACUACUAGAGUCCCACUCCUACUACAUUUUUAAAAAACAGUAUGAAUUUACACUUCUUUUUACAAUAAGAAAUUAAAAGAAAACCUAUCGCAAAAUCUCCAUUUAGUGACAAUAUGGGUGAAGCUUUGAAGAGAGGUCCAUGGACAACAGAAGAAGACCAAAAGCUCUUAGCCUAUAUCCAACAACAUGGCCAUGGAAGCUGGCGUUUCUUGCCCAAAAAAGCAGGUCUCCAAAGAUGUGGAAAGAGCUGCAGAUUGAGAUGGACAAACUACCUCAGACCAGAUAUUAAAAGGGGAAGGUUCACAUUGGAGGAAGAAAGAACAAUCAUUCAACUUCAUGCUCUAUUAGGAAACAGGUGGUCAGCUAUAGCAACUCACUUACCAAAAAGAACAGACAAUGAAAUAAAGAACUACUGGAACACUCAUCUGAAGAAAAGGUUGGCUAUGAUGGGUAUUGACCCGGUUACCCAUAAGCCGCAAAGGAACACUCUCGGCUCAGUAGCCGCCGACCCCAAGGACGUGUCCAACCUCAGCCACAUAGCUCAGUGGGAGAGCACACGGCUCGAAGCUGAGGCUAGGCUGGUCAGAGAGUCAAGAAUCCUUCGGCAAGUAGACGAGAGAAAUAGUAAUAAGAGUAACAUUACGAAGCCGCCGGCUGAUAUCCUCGCCGCCACGUCAGAUGAGCUACUGAAGAAGAUGCCGACCACUUUCGCGCCGCCGCGGUGCAUCGACAUCUUGAAAGCGUGGGAGAGCCGUCUGGUUUUAUCGAAAUAUAAUGGAAGAAGUGAUUAUGACCGUACAAUCAAUGAUACUAUCAAAAGUAGUACUAAUGGUGGUAGUGAAGCUAUCCCUUCCUUUGGAUUCGGUGGUAGUACUACCACUGAGCUUUGCUACAUGAAGGUGUCCAGUGGUACAAACGGCGGGUCAUCCUUAGGGUUUGACGAAAUAUUCGAGACUUGGGGCAACGGCGGUGAUGACUUAUUUUCAGAGCAAGUAUUCGCCACGCGCCACUUGGAGGAUAAUAUUAAUUUGGCGCCUUGUAAUGAUCAUCAUAACAUCGGGAUUCUCACUGAAAGAGACACUUGUGAUGAGCAAUAUGAAGUGAACAGAAACUAUUGGAAUAACAUAUUUAAUUUGGUGAAUUGGGGACCCUCAAAUUUACCAGUUUUAUAACUCGUUUAAUCUAGCUAUUGCUUGUGUGAGCGUAAAAGAUUAUUUAGUGUAGUUUCAUGUCUUUCACUAUUUUGUGUUGGUCUAUAUUGUACUACAAUGUCUAGUAUUUUUUGGAUGGCUUGUCCUGUAGUUCUAAUUAUCGAAAUAGUAGUAUAGAACUGCAAUGAGGAUUUUUUAAUCAAGUAACUUGAUAAUUAAAAGU